AUGCUUCCUCAACACGUCCUCAUCGCCCUUGUGGCCACUGUCGCUGCUGUACCGUUGAACAUCAACUUGGGCGCCUACUCUCCCGCCUUGGUAGUCGGUGAUGGCGAGAUCUCUCUAGGAUCGACCGAAUCAGCAUCAGAACUGAUGGCGACGCUUGCCUCAGGUGCUGCAGAGAACGGAGGAGCAGCCGAGGGCGGAGCCCAAGCAGGUCAGCAAGAACAACCAGCCGGUGGCGAGCAGCCUCCAGCAGAAGAGGCAGCAGCACCUGCAGAGCAACCAGCUGAACGAAGAACAGCUAAGCGAUCACCCAUCCUCCGCCGGGCCCUUGACAACAUCUUCGGAAAACGCGAAGCUGCGCCCGAGCCUAAGAUGGCAGCUGUAGAGGGCGCCAUGGAGUGGAUCAAGCGUGAUCUCGAGGGUUUCAAUGCAGCGCUUAGCUAUGCCCGUGAGGCCAUGAAAGAUGCGCCCAAGAUCGAGCUCGGUACCGAGAACUCCGGCAUUGGUAUUCUCGUCAAUCCCGGUGUCAAUGUUCCUCAGGACUCCGCUGCUGCUGGGUCAUCGGAGAAGCGCAAGCGUGAGGAGAAUGCCGCUGAGGUUGUCUCCGAGAAGGAUGCGCCAAAGAUGACGCUUGUUGCCAUUACUGAAGUAUAA